GCUGAGACAUGUACUCGUGGUGCUGCGUUCUUUUUUUUUUUCCUCUCUCUUUUUUUUGUUUUCUUCUUGCUGUUGUUUUUCUUUUUAAAUGUAUAAAGUGAAGAAUUCCUCUUCCCCACUCCCCCUUUCCACUCCAAAGAACCAACCUCCUGUUAAUUAAACGCUGGAACUGUUGCUACUUUGCCAGAGGGGGAGAGUGAACCUGUGCCUGCAUGUGUGUAUGUGUAAAAUAGAUACAAAAAUGUCAAUGAACAGCAGGAAAAGUUCUGGGAGACCGUCUUACUACUAUCGACUGCUCCGGAGGUCACGACUUCAGAGACAGCGAAGCAGAUCCCGGAGCCGGAACAGGCCGCUUAGUAGGGACUCCCCCCCAGAGAGGUGUGGGCAGAGGCGCAGUAUGCCCAGCGGGGUCACUGAGAAGAACCCCACCAUGGAGCCCGCUGCCACAACGCCAUUCCGGGUCACGGGGUUCCUCAGCCGUCGGCUUAAAGGCUCCAUCAAAAGGACAAAGAGCCAACCGAAGCUUGAUAGGAACAGCAGCUUCAGGCACGUUUUACCUGGCUUCAGGAGUGUGGACAAUGAAAGAUCCCAUCUAAUGCCGAGGCUGAAAGAAUCGCGCUCCCACGAGUCUUUGCUCAGUCCCAGUAGUGCUGUCGAGGCUCUGGAUCUCAGUAUGGAGGAAGAAGUGGUCAUCAAGCCAGUCCACAGUAGCAUCCUGGGACAGGACUAUUGCUUUGAGGUGACGACUUCAUCAGGAAGUAAGUGCUUCUCAUGUCGUUCUGCAGCGGAGCGAGAUAAAUGGAUGGAAAACUUGCGGCGUGCCGUGCACCCAAAUAAGGACAACAGCAGAAGGGUAGAGAAUAUGUUGAAGUUGUGGAUUAUUGAAGCCAAGGACCUGCCAGCUAAGAAGAAGUACUUGUGUGAAUUAUGCCUGGAUGACGUUCUUUAUGCACGAACUACCUGUAAAUUGAAAACUGAUAAUGUCUUUUGGGGGGAGCACUUUGAAUUUAAUAACCUCCCGUCGCUCAAAAACAUUACAGUGCACUUAUACAAAGAGACUGACAAGAAGAAAAAGAAAGACAAGACCAACUUUAUUGGACAAGUGAACAUCCCUGUUGGCUCUGUCACGGGCCGGCAGUUUGUAGAGAAGUGGUACCCUGUGGUCAGCCCCAACCCCAGUAAGGGCAAAUCCGCAGGGCCUAUGAUCCGCAUCAAGUCGCGCUACCAGAGCAUGAGCAUUCUUCCCAUGGAGAUGUACAAAGAGUUUGCCGAGUACAUCACUAACAAUUACAUGGUACUGUGCUCGGUGCUGGAGCCCUCGCUGAGUGUGAAGAACAAAGAGGAAAUGGCAUCUGCAUUGGUACACAUCCUGCAGAGUACGGGCAAGGCCAAGGAUUUCUUGACUGACCUGAUGAUGUCUGAAGUUGAUCGCUGUGGUGAGAAUGAGCAUCUCAUUUUCAGGGAGAAUACACUGGCCACCAAAGCAAUCGAAGAAUACCUGAAGUUGGUGGGGCAGAAAUACUUGCAAGAUGCCUUAGGGGAGUUUAUCAAGGCUCUGUAUGAAUCAGAUGAAAACUGUGAGGUGGAUCCCAGUAAGUGUUCAUCCUCGGACCUUCCUGAACAUCAGAGCAACCUGAAAAUGUGUUGCGAGCUGGCCUUCUGCAAAAUCAUCAACUCUUACUGCGUCUUCCCAAGGGAGCUCAAAGAAGUUUUUGCCUCGUGGAGACAAGAAUGCAGUAAUCGUGGCCGUCCAGACAUCAGCGAGCGUCUGAUCAGUGCCUCCUUAUUCCUCCGAUUCCUCUGUCCGGCCAUCAUGUCCCCUUCUCUCUUCAGUCUCCUCCAGGAGUACCCGGAUGACCGCACUGCACGCACUUUGACCCUUAUUGCCAAGGUUACCCAGAACCUCGCCAACUUUGCCAAGUUUGGCAGCAAAGAGGAAUAUAUGUCCUUUAUGAAUCAAUUUCUGGAACAUGAAUGGACUAACAUGCAGAGAUUUCUGCUGGAGAUUUCCAAUCCGGAAACCAUCUCAAACACAGCUGGCUUUGAAGGCUACAUUGACCUGGGCCGGGAACUCUCUACUUUGCACUCGCUACUCUGGGAAGUCAUUUCUCAACUGGAGCAGGGCACUGCAGCAAAACUUGGGCCUCUGCCUCGGAUUCUGAGGGAUGUCAAUUCGGCGCUCAGUAACCCGGCCUGUGUGCAGGUCUCAGUCACAGCUGAUCACGCUGCAUCCACUCCUAAUGCUGGCAACAGCAUCUCUGCUGGACUACAGAAAAUGGUGAUAGAGAAUGACUUAUCUGGUCUGAUAGAUUUCACACGGUUACCAUCUCCAACCCCUGAAAACAAGGACUUGUUUUUUGUCACAAGGUCUGCUGGGGCUCAACCCUCACCUGCCCGAAGCUCCAGUUACUCAGAGGCCAAUGAGCCCGACGUGCAGAUGUCUAAUGGCAGCAAGAGUUUGUCCAUGGUGGACUUGCAGGACAAUCGGCUCUUGGACAGUGGAGCAAACGCACCUGGCACUGACUCCCUCAAUGACAGUCAGUCAUCCCUUGGGCAGCUGCAGGGCGUAUGGACCACACGGACUCAGCAGAAUAGCGUGACAGGCAUGGCCACCGUGCGCCGCGUGGGCCAGACCCCCACCACGCCGAGCGGCGAGAGCGCUCCCGGCCGGCCUCAGCUCCUGGCACCCCUGUCCUUCCAGAACCCCGUGUACCAGAUGGCAGCCGGGCUGCCACUCUCGCCCCGCGGCCUGGGGACUCCUCCCGCCCUGCGGAACACGGUUCAGUACCAGAGGCCCUCCAGCGGCAGCAUGAUGUCCUCCUCGCCCGACUGGCCUGGCAGCGGGGCCCGCCUCAGGCAGCAGUCUUCCUCCUCCAAGGGCGACAGCCCUGAGAUGAAGCAGCGUACGAUGCACAAGCAGGCCCCUUCUCCUGUGAACCCCAAUGCCCUGGACCGCACUGCUGCUUGGCUUUUGAAUAUGAACAUGCAGUUUUUAGAAGAUGAAAGCAUUGACCCAGAUUCCAAGCACAGGGAUAAGCUCAGGAAUAAGGACGAGCUCAGCCAAGCAGAAAAGUACCAACAGGAUCUAGUAGUGCUGCAGGACAAGCUUCGCAUCUCCAACAAGAAGCUGGAAGAGUAUGAGACACGCUUCAAAUGCCAGGAGGAGACGACACAGAAGCUGAUGCUGGAGUACCAGGCCAGGCUUGAGGAAAGCGAGGAGCGGCUCCGAAGACAGCAAGAGGAUAAGGAGAUCCAGAUGAAGGGCAUCAUCAGCAGACUGAUGUCAGUUGAGGAGGAAUUAAAGAAAGACCAUGCAGAAAUGCAGGCUGCUGUGGAUUCCAAACAGAAGAUUAUUGAUGCACAGGAGAAACGCAUUGCUUCACUGGAUGCUGCCAACGCACGGUUAAUGAGUGCCCUUACUCAGCUGAAAGAGAGGUACAGCAUGCAGACACGUAAUGGGAUCUCCCCCACAAACCCAACUAAAUUGCAGAUUACAGAGAAUGGAGAAUUCAGAAACAGCAGUAAUUGUUAACCCAUGGAGGGCGCUGCCGCAGGAGAGGAGGCCUGGCCAGACAGACCGUGCAGCAGCAGGUGUGAGCCGCGGCUUCAAAGAACGGCUGCUCUCCCUCCCCCCCCCCCCCCCCCCA